AUGUGCAGGUGCAGUAGUGACUCAGUAGUGCAGGUGCAGCAGGACGCGGAUUGGUGGUUUGGCCGAUCGAACACCAUCGGCCGGACGGCCGUGGGUCACCUCGACGGAGCACGGGGCGCCAUGGACGAGCGCUCGUUGAGCGCACAGCAUGUGCCCCCGGUGCCCCACCACGAGCUUGCGAAGCCCAAGAAAAGCCGCUGCAAGCGCAUCACGUCCAUCGAGGGGGAGCUCGUGCUGGGCUUGGCACACUCAGAGCCACCGCGCAGGGAGUCCAGCGAGAGGUUUUCAGCAUUGGCUGCCUGGGGCAUGGGUAUUCUACAGUUCGCCAGGUCGGAGAAGGGCCCAGCCUCGCCGCCGCGCGCACUGCCCUCCGACGCCUACGACGUCGCGACGGCACGUGCCCCGCGCGGCGCGCCGCCGGUGGCACGCACGGUGCGCGUGAUCUCCAUGGAGAGCGCGGGGCUCGGGGCGCGUGGGGCGAAAGAUCUGAGCGAAAGCCGGAGCUCCGAAGAGGAGCCUUAG